AUGGAAGACUCCGUCCUGGUCCAUUCCCAGGCCAGACAUUCCACUUCUAGACGCCCUCGACGCCCUCGACGCCCUCGACGCCCGCGACGGCCACCACAACGGGGGAAAUGGAUUUCUCGUGCCCGUGAGCUGCUGUCGUACCUUCCCCGGCCCUUCCGACCGGAUAAUCUCGACGACCGGUGGAUUGUCGGCGCUUUAAUCUGCAGUAUCUCGUCGACUGUUGUUUUCUGCAUCAAUAUCAUACUGGCCCUGGUGGCUACGGGGAUCGCCAUCCGAGAAAGCAGCAGCAGCAGCAGCAGCAGUGGCAAUCAUUUUGUUAAAUCAUCUCUGUACGAUGGCCAGUGCAGCGUGUCCCGGCACUGGGCGACGGGAAUCCACGUUCUUAUCAACAUCCUGGGCACGCUGCUUCUGGGGGCCAGCAACUACGUGAUGCAGUGUCUGGCCGCCCCUACGCGGGCAGACAUUGACGUCGCCCAUCGCCGGCGGCAGUGGCUUGACGUGGGCAUCUUCAGCAUCCGCAAUUUCGUCUCGAUGGACACCAGACGGAAGAUCCUGUGGGCGUUUCUCUUCUUCAGCUCGAUACCGAUCCAUAUGCUGUCCAAUUCGGUCAUCUUCUCGUCCAUGACGUCGCUGGAUUAUGGGAUGAUGGUCAUCCCUAACGAUCUGCAGCCCGACGAGCCCCUGGUGAACGGCUGGAGGGAGGCGUAUGCAUUUGAAACGGCGGUCGGAUCGCCGCCGUCCACCGUCCAGGCAGAGCUGUUCAAUGGAACGUUCUACAACCUGACGACGCGCGAAUGUUUCAACCAGUACGACGUGCAGUACAACACGCACCUGGGCACGCUCGUCUUGGUCGUCGACCGGCUCGCCAUGGGCAACGCAAGCAGCAUGGCAGCCGCGCUGGAGUUCAGUGACAACAUCGCCGCCAUCACUUCCAUCUACGACAUGGUCGACGACGGGUAUAAGUCGAUGCUCGUCGACGAGAUCGACCGCGGCAACUGGACCGUCGCGCCCGUGAACUGGACCGACAGUGUCUUGGGCAUCGUCGUCAACACGACGGUGACCCCCACCGCCAUCGAGUACUGCAUGACCAGGGAGGUCGCACAGCGCUGCCAGCUCUUCUUCAGCCCGCUCAUCGCCCUCGUCGUCCUCCUCGCCAACCUCGCCAAGGUGGUCUGCAUGUUCCUCGCCGCCCGCAACGGCCGCUCCAUGCUGCUGCUGCGUGUCGGCGACGCCGUGGCCUCGUUCCUGGACCGGCCCGAUCCCGCUACAGACGGUUGCUGCCUGAUGUCUCAGGCCGACGCGUCCAAAUGGGGCGGGCGCCGACUGAUCCUCCGGAAACGGCUAGUCUCACGGCUAGGGUUAGGGUUAGGGUUAGGGUUAGGGCUGCGCUCCUCCCCGGACAUCCUCCCCAUGACGCUUUUGGACAACAACCGGGCCAAGGGGAUGAUGAUACAAUCAACCGUAGCCACUCCGACCUCCAUGGCCCGUCGCCUGCCGAAAAAAAGGCGGUUCUGGUUCAAAGCCGUGGGCGGCCAGCGGUUGACGGUGAUCAUCGUGUUGCUGCUCUUCACCGAGCUGGUCUCCAUCUAUCUGUACACGCUGGCCUCGGAGGGCCUCACGCUGUCCGACCAGUAUUCCUUAGGGUUUGGCAAGGCGAACACAGACACGCUGACCAACAUCGACAUGCGAGGGGGCGGGAUCCUGGCGACGGUGCUGUUGAGCAACACGCCGCAGCUGGUGCUCUCGCUUCUGUACGUGCUCGUCAACGGCGCCCUGACCUCCAUGCUGCUCGCGGCCGAAUACGACCAGUACGCGACGCAGCGCAAACCGUUGCGUGUCUCGAACCCGCACGGCCAGCAGCGAUCCCGCUAUUACCUCGCCAUGCCCUAUCGGUACGGCGUGCCCUUUCUGGUGCUCGCCGCCCUCUUCCACUGGCUGCUGUCGGAAAGCUUCUUCUUCAUCACCAUCUCCGUGUAUAGCGUCAUGGGCACGGUCGACGAGGACGCCUCCAGCCAGGGCUGCUGCUACUCGCCCCUGGCCGUCUUCAUUGCCCUGCUCCUCGAGUCUAUUCUCCUCCUCGUCCUGCUGGCCAUCAGUCUGCGCCGGUUCAAAUCGCGCAUCCCGCUGGCGGCCCAUUGCAGUGCUGCCAUCAGUGCCUUGUGUCAUCCGCCGGCGGAUGAUACAGACGCUGCCCUCAAGCCUGUCAUGUGGGGGGAGGUCAUCUCCCAGUCCCCGGAUCCUCAUUGUUCUUUUACCUCUUUAGAUGUCCUGGAGCCUACUAGAGACAAGUUGUAUACAUAG